UUUGCAUUGAUUCUUGAAUUGGGUCGAGGUUAAAGCGGGUUCUGAACACUUUAAAAAACUUUCUUAGUUCACCAAACGUUCAACGCCUUUGAUUGACUAGUUGGUUUUUGCGUCUCUUAACUGUUAAGUAUAUUUAUUUAUAGGCUUAUAGCAUCAUAGCUUUCUUUUGGACUUUGAAGCCCUGUUCAUAUUGCCUUUCCUCUGGCAAAAUAUAUUAAAUUGGAUACUGGGGAAAUUGUGUUCAAGGCUUUUAAUUGCUUGUUUAUUAUUUCAUUGUUCAUUUCUGAGCUCUUAGUGGGAAUUUGGUAUUGAGAACUAUUACUAAAUGGUUUUAAAGUUUUGGGGUUGGUGGGUUUUACUUGUUGAUUGUGUCACUGUACAUCCUCCUCCUCCAGCUUUGAUGAAUUGGGAUAUUGGAGGGCAAUAUUGAAGGUUAUUGCAUUGGACUUGUGGUUUAGAGGGUUUUAGUUGUUGAAGUUCGUGCACUUUCUGAAAUGGGGAGUAAUGGCGGUGUGGAUCAUUUGUCAAAAGAAAUAGUUGAAGAAGGUCUUAGCAGCCAAGAGAUGGAUAUGGGUUUUCAGCAGAUUGGUGGUGGUGGUGUUGAUGAAUCUGUGGUGGAAAAGGAGACUCCAGAUGAACAGUUAAAUGCAGGUUAUUUGGAAGAGCCAAAGGAUCAGAAGAAUUCAAUGCGGCAGUCAGUUUUAGAGAUCUCUCCGUCAAAAGAAAUGAAUGUUUGUUCUUCACCUCGAAGAGGUCUGGACCAUUGCAUCACUGCACCUGUUGGCAUUCACAGAAGUCUACUAUUUGAUGACCAUGGGAUUUUAUUCACUAGAUCCAUGACGGAAAAGAAGGAAGCUCCAAGGCAUGACAUAAAGUUGGAUAGGCUCUCAGAGCGUGAAAAGAAAAAACUUAUUGUGAACCUAGUAAAGAUACAAAAUGAUGGUACGGUAGAAGUUGAUAUCACCAAAAGCACACCUGUAGCUUCGGAAUUUUUGGAGCUUCACACUGCAGAAAGGACACAUAUCAAUAUUGAUGGUAUCACUUCUGAAUUCAAUAAAUCAAUUCCCAAGUUGAAUAUUGCCCUUCUUGUGGUCGGCACAAGAGGAGAUGUACAGCCUUUCCUAGCUAUAGCAAAGAGACUUCAGGAGUUUGGUCAUCAUGUCAGGUUGGCUACUCAUUCUAACUUCGGCACCUUUGUAAAGUCGGCAGGGGUAGAAUUCUAUCCUUUGGGCGGCGAUCCUCGUGUUUUGGCAGGAUAUAUGGCCAGAAAUAAAGGUUUCAUACCAUCUGGACCAGGAGAAAUAUCCAUACAAAGGAAGCAACUGAAGGCGAUUAUUGAAUCUCUCCUUCCAGCAUGCACGGAACCAGAUUUGGAAACUGGUCUUCCUUUUAGAGCUCAGUCAAUUAUUGCAAAUCCUCCUGCUUAUGGACAUGCACAUGUUGCUGAAGCUCUUGGUGUGCCCCUUCACAUUUUCUUCACAAUGCCUUGGACGCCAACUUAUGAAUUCCCUCACCCAUUGGCACGUGUACCUCAAAGUGCUGGUUAUUGGCUUUCAUAUAUAGUUGUGGAUUUACUGAUAUGGUGGGGCAUGAGGGGAUAUAUUAACGACUUCAGGAAACGGAAGUUGAAACUUGCUCCUAUUGCGUACUUCAGUACAUACCAUGGGUCAAUAUCUCAUUUGCCAACAGGCUAUAUGUGGAGUCCCCAUCUAGUGCCAAAGCCAACAGAUUGGGGCCCUUUAGUUGAUGUUGUUGGUUUUUGUUUCUUAAACCUUGGGUCAAAGUAUCAGCCUCAGGACAAGUUUGUUCAAUGGAUUCAAAACGGACCUGAACCUAUAUAUAUUGGGUUUGGGAGCAUGCCUCUUGAAGAUCCCAGGAAAACCACAGGCAUUUUAUUGGAGGCAUUAAAAGGUACCGGGCAGAGAGGAAUCAUUGACCGAGGCUGGGGAGGUCUUGGAAAUUUUACAGAGGUUCCUGAUAAUGUUUUCCUUUUAGAGGAAUGCCCUCAUGAUUGGUUGUUUCCCCAAUGUUCUGCAGUGGUUCAUCAUGGUGGUGCAGGAACAACAGCUACAGGGCUAAAAGCUGGGUGUCCAACAACCAUAGUUCCAUUUUUUGGCGAUCAGUUCUUCUGGGGUGAUAGAGUCUAUCAAAAAGGGUUGGGACCUGCACCAAUUCCGAUAGCUCAGCUCAGUGUUGAGAGCCUCUCAAACGCAAUAAAUUUCAUGCUCCAGCCUAAGGUGAAAUCUGAAGCAAUGGAACUAGCAAAGUUGAUAGAGAAUGAAGAUGGUGUUGCGGCUGCCGUUGAUGCAUUUCACCGGCAUUUACCUGCAGAGCUACCCUUGCCUACUGCAUACGUGGAGGAAGAAGAACAAUUAAACCCUCUGCAGUGGGUUUUUAUUCAAAUUGGGAAGUGGUGCUGCCAGUCUUGUGGUUUGUAGAGUUCUUACUGUAUUUUGUAGUGUUUGUAUAGUUAUGUUUUACUUUCUUUUUCAUAUUACCUUGCAUUUCAUUCAUUUCAUUCAAGGUCUUCUUUAAAGGUUUGACUAAAAAAAAAAAGAAAGAUACAAGUGCUAUUACAUUUUAGCAUAGGUUUUUCUCACAUCUUGCCUGACUUAGUGUUCUUUAUUGAUUUGUAAUAGAUAAGUGAGGGUAUAGUUAUGCGAGUAAGUUUGGAUGUUGCAAACCAUUUUGUCUGUUAUCAUUUGACUUUGUAUGAUAUUCUUUUAAUAUCAUUGGAAAAAAGGGGAUGGAUUGGGGUAUGGGAUUUGCCGCGUA